CGUACACAACCAUCAUCCUUAUCCGCAUCACGCUAUGAACCCUCAGCUAUCAUUCAUUUAUUUUUCCCUACUUUUUCUCACAUCUAAUGCCCUUAAUUACCCACUUGUGAGGCGCGAGACAUCGGUUGCCAGAGUUCGUGAAUUUCAUGGUGCUGUGCUGCUGAAGAACGGAAAGCAAACUUCAUGCGAGCUUGCCUUGAUGCACAACAAAGCCGCGUUCGUUCCAGCCAGCUGCUUUGAUAUCGACUCUUCGAACAACGUCAACGAUGUAUCCCCGUACGAAGUGGCUCUCGAUGCUGGCGGGACUCCUAUCACUCGGGAGACAGUCACUGUUGACAAGGUUAUUAUCAACCCACGUUACAAUCCUACGACCUACGCGAAUAAUGUCGCAGUUAUUUUCUUUAACUCGCAAGCCAAGGAGGAAUGGAGCAACUAUAUUGACAGAUACCCGCAAGAGCUGACUGACCGCGCCUACGUCCGCCGCUCGAUGAACGAUGAGGAAAAGAAGUCAUGGAAUGCACCCGCUGUUGUAAACGAUGUGAAAAACGACGAGGGGUGCAAACAAGCGUCGGCUCAAUUUGCCUCCAACCCUGCAGACCUCUGGUGCAGCCCAAUGUCAGUGACUUCUCCAGUAGGAGGAUCCUGCCAUGUACCAUAUGGAAUCGUGUACGGAAUUGUCGGCUCGGACAUGGUGGUUACGGCCAUGUACAGCCACUCAGCCGUCUAUGGAAACGACAUGUGCGGCGACUCGAAGGCGUACCACUACUACACAGUACUGUCGAACUACCUCAACUGGGCUGUCUCGGUUGUCCCUGGCGGAUUUGCUAUCUUCUCCAGUGAUGGCCAGUACUCUGCCAGCGAUGAUCCAAACUACGGGAUACAGGAUUCAAAUGGUUCAAGCCCCAAUGGCGUCAACGUUGUUGGUGGGGAUUUGUAUGCUCGCAUCCCAAAGGCGGACUCUAAAGCUACCUCUAGCCUCCCCAGUACCAGCACAAGCACAAGCACUGAGCCGUCGUCAGCUAGCAGUACCUCUUCCCACGAUUCGUCGCAUUCAUUGUCAGUCGCCUCUAGUGACAGUGAUGAGAGCUCAGAAGAAGACUCGCUUUCUCACAAGACGUCCACAUCCAACAGUUCCACUGGCAGUGCCUCCUCGACAUACUUUAGCACCCAGCCCACGGAGUCGUCAAAUAGUACUCCAACUAGUGGAAUGCUGGAAUCAAAGUCACCAUCCAAUCUCAGCAAGGAGUGAGGUCAUUGCUCUGGCAGUAAGCGUCCCGCUUGCCAUGAUCAUUGUUGCUAUCGUGCUGUUCCUCCUGUACAAGCGCUGGCGGAGGCACAGGAAUUCUGCUUCCUGGGACCCGAACAGCGAAAAUCAUACAAUUCGCGCGAUCGCCCUCGACCUUGAUCAGCCAAAUGCAACCAACGGCCGUCCCCCAACGUAUGCAAGCGCAGAUGGUGAGGACUUUGCAGUUUUCAAUUUCAACAGAAAGGCAUGAGGA